AUGGAGCUGGCGGGCGCCUUUGCCAAAAACUGUCCGAAGCUCCAGAAGUGUGUGGGGCGCCGAAGCCGUGCCCGAGAUACCGAGAGCCGGGCCCGGGUGUUACAUCGGCAUCGGUCCGAGCCGAGCCACCCGCUGAUCGAGCGGAACGCGCUCAAGUUUACCAGCACCAAGUGGAGCAAGGGUGUAGUGCCAUACGAGUUCAGUGAUGAGUUUUCGAUCGGCGACCUGCAGAAGCUGUUCUCGGCCAUGGAGCAGUUCCACCAGAAGACCUGCAUCCGGUUCGUGCCGCACACCAAGGAGCGGGACUACGUGGUGAUCGAGGGCCGCAGCACCGGCUGCUGGUCGGCGGUCGGGCGGAUGGGCGGCCGCCAGGUGGUGAACCUGCAGCGGGGUGGCUGCCUGGCGCUCGAGGGCACCAUCGUCCACGAGCUGAUGCACGUGUUGGGCUUUCUGCACGAACACACGCGCUACGACCGCGAUCGGUUCGUGCACAUCAACUUCCGGAACGUGCGCCCGAAUCUGCUGAGCAACUUUGGGCGCGAAAGUGAAUCGCAGACCACGACACUAGCGAUGCCGUACGAUUACGGGAGCGUCAUGCACUACUCCAGAACGGCGUUCAGCAAAAACGGAAAGCCUACGGUGGAACCAAAGAUUAAGUACAGUGGCCAGCUCGGGCAGCGCGCCGGCUUUUCGCUGAAGGAUGUACAGAAGAUCAACAAGCUGUACUGCCACCGGUGA